AUGGCUCCCAUCGCAAAGCACUACGACUACCUCGUCAUUGGCGGUGGCAGUGGCGGUCUCGCGAGUGGCCGCCGCGCUGCGGCGAUGUACGGGAAGAAGGUGGGGAUUAUUGAGAGCGGAAGGCUGGGGGGAACGUGUGUCAAUGUCGGCUGCGUCCCCAAAAAGGUGAUGUGGAACGCCGCAACCAUGGCCGAGACGCUGGCCGAGUCGCACGACUACUGUUUCGACACCGAGGUGAAAGGCUUCGACUGGCCGCGCUUCAAGGCGAAGCGCGACGCCUACAUCAAGCGCCUCAACGGCAUCUACGAGCGCAACCUCGGCAACGACGGCGUCGACUACAUCCGCGGCCGCGGCCACUUCCUGUCGCAGAACGAGGUCGAGGUGACGGACGAGAGCGGCGCAAAGACGGUCUACGGCGCGGACAAAAUCUUGAUUGCCACCGGCGGAUAUCCGGUCAUCCCAAAGAACGUCCCUGGCGCCGAAUAUGGCGUCACCUCCGACGGCUUCUUCGAGCUCGAGCAGCAGCCCAAGAAGGUUGUGCUCGUCGGCGCCGGCUACAUCGCCGUCGAGCUCGCGGGCAUCUUCCAGGCCCUCUCCUCCGAGACCCACCUCAUGAUCCGCGGCGACACCUUCCUGCGCCAGUUCGACCCCAUGAUACAGGAGGUCAUGACCAAGCACUACGAGGAGGGCAUGGGCAUGAACAUCCACCGCCGCUCCAAGCAGACUAAAGUGGAGAAGGACGAGGCCACGGGAAAGCUCACCAUUCACUAUGAGGAUAUCAAUGGACCCGCGGUCCUGAAGGAUGUGGAUACGCUCAUCUGGGCUAUUGGAAGGGCGCCUGAGACGGGUGAUUUGAUGCUGGAUAGGCCGGGUAUUGAGACGACCGAGAAGGGGCAUGUCAUUGCCGAUGAAUUCCAGAACACUAAUGUGCCGAAUAUCUGCUCGAUCGGCGAUGUAUCGGGGAAGCUAGAAUUGACACCUGUCGCCAUCGCCGCCGGCCGCCGCCUCGCCGACCGUCUCUUCGGCGGCCCCAAAUUCGCCACCGCAAAGCUUGACUACGACAACGUCCCCUCUGUCGUGUUCGCCCACCCCGAGAUCGGCACCAUCGGUCUCAACGAGCCCGAAGCGCGCAAGAAGUUCGGCGACGCAAACAUCAAGGUGUACAAGACCUCCUUCACGGCCAUGUACUACGCCAUGCUCGAGCACAAGGGGCCGACAUCCUACAAGCUCAUCUGCGAGGGCGAGAACGAGCGCGUCGUCGGCCUGCACAUCAUUGGCCUCGGCAGCGCGGAGAUGCUGCAGGGCUUUGGCGUCGCGGUCAAGAUGGGCGCGACCAAGGCGGACUUUGAUUCCUGUGUGGCGAUACAUCCCACGAGUGCGGAGGAGCUGGUGACGUUGAGGUAG